AUGCUGCUCAACACAGCUCUCUCGCUCUCUCUGGUAGGAGCGGCGUAUACAGCGCGCCCGUAUAUGUUCUGGCCCGACACUGGUGUUAAAGAGCAAUUUGGCACAAUCGAGACUGGUGGCCAGCUUCUAAAUGUGUCCGAUGUUGUUAGGUACAUAAAUUCGACCGCCUAUACAUACUACUACAGUGGAGCUGCUGGAGAAUGGUCGUACCGCGACAACCUCGAAGUCUUUCAGCGCAUUCGCCUCCGGCUACGGGUAAUGGUGCAGGUUGACAAUAUCGAGGCUUCACUUCCAACGACAAUUCUGGGUCACAACUUCUCGGCGCCGUUCUUCAUCUCACCUUGCGCGCGUGCCGGCUACGCGAACGAUGAUGCUGAGAAGAAUCUGGUCAAGGGAGCCGCCGCUAGCAACAUCUUAUACAUCGUCACCGAUUUCUCCUCCGUCUCAAAAGAGGAAGUCCAAUCCGCCCGCGCGGACGGCCAAAUCCUAUUCCAACAACUCUACAUCGACCUACAUAACAAGACCCGCCUCAACUUCAACGCAAUCGUCUUGACCGUUGACUCCGCCGUAGACGGCAACCACCACCGCGCUAUGCGCAACCAGACCAAGCUCCCUAUCGUACCAAAGGGAAUCCAGUCUGUCGAAGACGCCAUCGAGGCUGUUAAUCACGGCGCACCAGCGAUCCUCCUGUCUAACCACGGCGGUCGCCAGCUUGAUGGGUCGCCAUCUGGUCUUGAGGUGUUUGAGCAGACUGAGGUUUGGGCUAAUAGUGAUGUGAGGUAUGGUGCUGAUGUUGUUAAGCUUCUCGCGCCUUUCAUGUUUAGCAAUGUGUUCGGUGCGGCGGGUGUCGAGAGGGCUGUCGAGAUCAUGAAGCGCGAGGUGGCGAUCGAUGCGGCGAAUGCUGGUAUUAGAAACUUGAAGGAUGCGAAUGUCAGCUACAUUGACUUCACGGCUGCAAAGAGGUGGGGCACGUCGUGGUAG